AUGAGCAGCGAUUUUGUUAUGCUUCCUCCUGCAAAGAGUGGGAAUUCUGUCAGAUUAAAAACAAAGAAUGUCAGAGAACUUCGUAUGGAAACAAUACAGCUUGAGAUGCAGAAUCAGGAAAUGGAGCAGAAGCUGAUCCAGUUGCGCCAGAGCAUGAGUAGAGAGAAAGAAGAACGGGAACGAUCAAAUGGAUACCAUUGGCAAUCUGGACAAACUGGAAAUCAAACUCAAACCCACAAAAAGGAAAAUGUUGUCAAGGCUUCUUCAGGGAAAGUGAAGCUAAAAAUUCUCAAAAAUCCAGUUCCAGAGCCUGAGAAACUGAAGACAUCAGGGCCUGCCGAUAUGCCAACCACUGAGAAACCCAGAUUAAAGGGGAAAGUUUGUGGACAGUGUGAAACUAAACGUGCAUUGCUGAUGUGUUUGGAGUGUGGCGAGGAUUACUGUGCUGUAUGCUUUUCAAAAAUUCACCAGAAGGGGGCAUUGAAGCUACACAGAACUACGCCCAUUCAGGGGAAAUCUCAAGAUGGCAAAUUAGAUGCUUUACAUGCAUUCAGAAAAGAACGGAAUUUUGAUGAGUCCAGUGGAAGA